UUGAAUUCGGGACCUGUGACAGAUUUUACGCGUUUUACUUGCGUCCGGCAGUCGUCGUCGUUAUCUUUUGAAAUUUAUCUAAUUACACAGGAUAAAAAAAAUAAUAUUCAUGAUUGUAUUUUUGUUGUGAAAUUAAGUGAAAAAACAGGAGAAUUCAAGUUUGUGCAGUGAAAAUUUUUUAAACUUACCAAUAUUUCAAAAGAAAUUAUUUAAAAUAUACAAUUUUAUUAAGAAAAAAAUAGAAAUUAAAAACCGAAAUAGUGAUAUAAUAUUAGAAAAUAUAUAAAAUGAGUAAAAACCUUCAUUACCACCACCAUAUGGAUUAUUAAGACCUUUUUUAACAAGAAGGCUACAGGAAACACAGGGUUUUAUAAAAGUUUUUUGUUAUAUUGGCCACCGAAUGGAUAAUGGGUAUUUGUUUAGACACAGAUGCCAGCGCGGCACAGGACACAAACGAAACCGCCAACGAAGCUUGGAAGCGAACAAAUCCACGCAAUACAAACAGUCCCAGUGGUGGUUCAGCAAUAAAUGUACCAUUAGCCGAUAUGGAAAAUGCUGGCAAAAUAAAAUUCGAUCCACCAAAGGUUCCAGUGAUAUUUGUUUUAGGAGGCCCAGGUAGUGGUAAAGUAACUCAUUGUGACACCUUCAUGCAGGAGCGACGUGGUGUCAUACAUAUAAAUAUGAUGGAUCUUCUGCAACAGUAUGCGAUGGGUAAUGAUAUGCAAGACUUUGCACAAUUAUCAUCAAAAACUGUUACCGAAGUAUUAAUGUUAGAAAUGAAAAUGGCUCCAGCUGCCAAAGCAUAUUUAAUCUCCGGAUAUCCACGUUCAAUGCGUGACGUUGUUGAAUAUUCAGAAAAAAUACAAAUUGUCAAUGGUGUUAUAUUAAUAUCGUGGCGUCAAUCUGUUUUACAAAAACAAAUCGAUUAUGGAGCUAAAUUAGGUCAUGUAGUUCUCUCUCUAGCCAAAAUGGAAUUAGAAAACUUUUUUAAGAAUGUUAUGCCUGUUGCUGAUUAUUUUGAUCAAAGUGAUAUGUUAUUAGCGGUAAAUGGCGAACGUGCGCCAACGGAAGUUUAUAAAGACUUUCGGACCGCCAUACUUGACAUUUUAAGUGCCUUAGAGAAUCAAGAAGCCAUUCUAAAUGGAGUUACAGGUAUGGGCAGAGGGAUGAAUGAUAUACCCGGCAGUAUAGUUAGUGUUGAAACAGCUCCUAGUCAAGAGAAGAAUAAUAUUACAGAGCCAGAUGGUGGAGUGCGUAAUCAUCGUUCGUCUGCAGCAGCUUUUACCACAAAUCGCGUUCAAGAUGUUGUUGAAGUCGAUUAUCAUAAUCAUCAUCAAGGACGUGGAGGACGUGUGGUAUCUCCUGCAGGAGUCGAUGCAGUAGCACUGAUGGGACAAAAUAUUUCCAAUGCCAUUGCAGCUGUGAAUCACAUCGGUAAUGAGAGUAUACCACCGGUUAUUUGGGUGAUCGGUGGGCCUGGCAGUAAUAAGGCUAGUCUCUGUUUGAAGGCGGUAGGACUGAAUUCCGGAUGGGGUCAUAUAAGUAUCGGACGGAUUCUCCGAACUAUCACCGACUCAGCGCCUAGGGCCAAUACAGAAAGUUAUGCCAUUAAAGAAGCUUUGACUGCUGGUGAAAUGGUCCCUGAGAAGAAUCUGAAUGCUCUUCUAGACGUAAAUAUCCGACAAAUGAGUGAUAAGAAGGGACUUAUCAUCGAUGGAUACCCCAGAAACUUGCAACAAGUUUCUUAUUUCGAAAAUAAGUACAAAGUUCAUCCACCAGUGGUGCUGUUAGAUUGCUCCAAACUCCAGCUGGGUCGAGGUCGAGUAGAUGAUACGGUUUCAUCAUUUCGUAGACGUUUAGAACUGUUCAGAGAACAAACAUUACCAAUGCUGAAAUCCAUGGACACAAGUAAUCGAUUGAUCAUUGUUGAUGGUGACACCGAUAGUCCGUCGGUACAACGUGAAUUUGAAAAAAUCAUUCGAAAUCACAUACAAAAAUUAACAACAAAUCCAAAUCAAAAUAUGAAUGAUUUAAAUAAUCGACCUCAUACAACAACAAUGCGAAAUGUUUCCGAUCAAACAGAUGCAAUUCUAAACGAUUUGGAGAAUAACGUCCCAGGAGCUGUGCCAACGAUAAGUCAUCAUGUUAGCAUGAUGAAUGGUCAUUUGAAGAGUAAUAAUGUCAAUAGUAAUAAUAUCAACAAUAUGAAUCACCAUCAAUACGGUGGCGGUGGUGUUGGUAGUGUCGGUAUAGGGGCUAAGACUGGAAUGAAUGGAAAUGCUGGAAAACCUAUGGAUUUUAGGCAUAUGUUGGAAGAAGCCGAAAGACAUCCGGUUGAUUCGUAUAUGUAGAAAAUACUUUAGACAUUUCAAAUUUUAAUACUUUAAUCUAUAGUGAGUUAAGGUUUAAGUUUUAAGAAUAAGGUAAAAACUAGGUAAAACGAAUGAUUUCUAAGAAAUUAAGCUAAAUAAUUUUUCAGUGAUCAGUUGAUAUUUUUUUUUU